GAAGACCCAAUAUUUUUUGCCAUGCCUGUUGUAAAACAUCCCCACAUUGGCCUGUAAUGUUUCAGGAUUAUUUCCCAAGCUAGGAAAGUUGAAGUUGCCCAGCAAUAUAGAGAGUUGGUGUGGCUCUUUUGCAAACUCAAAUCGAUUAAGUUUUAUGAUGCAUACUCUAAAAAGCAAGUAGCUUUCCUUCGAGGUAUUGGGCAUGUAGAUUUGACGGAGGGAUGGUACAUGUUAUCCAAACACUCCAACUCUCCAAUCACAAAGACAUCAUCUCCCCUCAUCGAGGCUCCGUCAACUCUCUCUAGUUCGAUUUGACGGAGGGCCAGUACAUGUUAUCCGGCGUCUCUGAUGCUUCCGCCGCCGUGUUUGAUGUCCAGCGUGGGACCGAUAACGUGGGCGGCGGAGCUAUCACGAGGCAUAAGUGGCUGCUUGCGAUGGAUAAGCAGCACGAGCACGGGCAUAAGUAUGCGGUGUCUUCCGCCGUGUGGUAUCCCGUCAACACCGGACUGUUUGUGACGGGGUCGUACGAUCAUCACAUCAAUGUUUGGGACACGAAUACGACUCAGGUAGUUAUGGACUUCAAGAUGUCGGGGAAGAUGUACCGGACUGCAAUGUCGCCGUUGGCAACUUCUCACAUGCUCAUUGCUGCUGGAACCGAAGAUGUUCAAGUCCGCCUCUGUGAUAUUGCCUCUGGGGCUUUUGCUCACACCUUGUCUGGCCACCGCGAUGGUGUGAUGACUGUGGAAUGGUCUACUUCUAGUGAGUGGGCUUUGCUUACAGGUGGAUGUGAUGGUGCAAUACGUUUUUGGGACAUUAGACGUGCUGGAUUUUUUCUUGUUUUGGAUCAAUCUCAGUCUCAGCUAGGGAGACGUCCACCCAUCCUGAAACGCUCUGCCACAGGUUCAACAGUUAAGUCCUCGUCCCCAAGUCAAAGCACAUCUGCAAAAGGUCGGGCAGCACAAAGGAAACUUACGAAUGGGAGCGGUGCAAAGCACUCACCUAUUGGUAAAGGUCCAGUAAAGGGAUCUAUGAAGCAAAUAUUACAUCCAGGGAUGCUAUCUAGUCAGGAUUGUGCCACUGCUCCUUACGGUGCUGUUACUCGAUUAAAAGUCACUGAAGAUGGCAUGUACCUCUUAAGUGCACUUUGAGUUCCGAUUCAAGACUUGUGGGAUAUAGAAUCUGGCUGCAAUACUUUGGUGGACUUUGAAACUGUGCGUAUGCAAAGCAGCAAGCCCAUACAGUUAGCUACAAGUCAGAAUUCGGAGCUUGUUUUUGUUCCAUGCAUGACAGCUGUGAAGGCAUUCGAUAUGUGGUCAGGUAAAACAUCCCUGAAAUUUCGUGGUCACUAUGAACAUGUAAACUGUUGCUGGUUUAAUUCACAGGAUCAGGAAUUGUACACUGGUGGCAAUGAUAGACAAAUUCUAGUUUGGUCGCCCAUCCAGAAUGGUUUCGGAUGAGGAUAAAUAACCCUACAAGGACGAGGAUAAUUGGAGUGACUAGCAUCCGCUUGCUUGCGAUCCUCAUUUCCGCUAGGUAGAGCACCUUUGUCUUGCUCGGAGUUUCCUGUUUUGCUUUGAGAUCUAAGAGGCUGUAUUUGAUAGGCACAAUGAUUUGUAAGUUUAUAUUUUCUUUUGGCGUGUGUAUAUAUGUACAUUUAAACUU